AUGUCAGAAGCUCCCCUUGGUCAGGAGUCCCUCAGCUCGGACCCGAGUUACUACGAGAGCACAAUCAUCAUGGCCGAGUUCCAGGCAAUGCUACUGUCAUGCUUCAUGAAACUCAGAAAACAGGAUAAGAGCAUUUGGAAGGGCUGCAAAGUCGUCGCGAAACGUGCCAAAGACGAUCAACGGACACCGAUGAUCAUCAUAUACAGCAAAGAAGUACCCACAGACAAAGUCAAGACAUGGGUUUUGAAUGAACUGGAAAACCAACUCAUGAAUUACCCCAAGAAACGUGCAAAAUCUACCCCGAUCGUGCUGGGUUGGGACUGGAAGGCGUAUGGAGAGGAACUGGGAGAGCAGGUGAUGAAGAAUUCGGCAUGCAAGGGACAAUUCGACCUAGGGCGGAAGAUAGAUGAGCCUAAGAAAGACGGGGGCUUCCAGGCGGUCUCCGCUACGAACCUUGCGGCUCUUAAGUUUCUUAAUAUAAUCGACGAUCUUUGGGGGGCGCUGAAGGGAGAAAGAUGUCGGUCGGAGAAUCAGUGA